AUGUCAACAUGUAUUUUUCUGAUUUCAGGUUCCUGUUCUGGAAUGGGGGGUGAAGACGUAACUUGUGUGCAUAAUGUGCCUGCAGAAGGGGUGGUGUGUGAGACAAGGCCAUCUCCUGAGGAGAGUCAUCUUGAGAUACGUGCUUCAGCUUUAGAAGACGUUUUGCCUCAGACUGAGUUCCUGAGCACAUACCCCGUGCAGACAUUGUGCUUGAGCAGAACAGGUUCCAGUUUAAAUGAAGAGAAUAACUGUCGCUGGAGGAGUUACAGUGGAGUAAAGUCCUAUGAAGGGGAUCCUCACAGGACUUCCGCUGUGCCAAGCUGCAGAUCCCAUGUGUUGACCAGGCCAUUCAUCUGUGGGAAGGAUGGGGAGGAGGCCAUCUCCUCCACAGGCUGGGGUCAACAGCAGGCUGCUUGCAGUAGUGAACAGCCCUCCACAGCCUGUCUUCAGCAGCAGGCCACUUGUAGAAGCGAACAGCUUUACAGCAGUGGUGAGUAUGGGGAAGUGCUUUUGAAUGGAGAGAGGCAUUGUAAGGAUGGUGAAUGCCAAAAAGGUUCAAGCUGCAAACAUGCCCCUGCUCAGUGUCCCAGUACCUCCUCUGAGAAAAGGCCGGCUGAGAAUAGCAAGUAUGAGAAAGCCUUCUCCUGCAAUUACAAACGUGCUCAGCACCAGGACAGUCACUCCGGACAGAGGACCCAUGAGCACUGUCAACAUAAGAAGUCCUUCAGCAAAAAGUGCCGUCUCAAUACACGAGACAGAAUUCAUCCUCAAGAAAGGCCCUAUAAAUGUACUGAAUGUGGAAAAGCCUUUAUCUAUAAAUCUGAACUCAUUUACCAUCACAGACAUCACACUGGUAGAGUACAUUAUGAGUGUGUGGAAUGUAGAAAAUCCUUCACGUACAAAUCCAAUCUCACCGAACACCAGAGAAUCCACACUGGAGAAAGUCCUUAUCAAUGCGAACAAUGUGGAAAAUCCUUCAGACAAAACUCUAGCCUCUUUAGACACCACAGAAUUCAUACUGGAGAAAGGCCGUACGAGUGCUAUGAAUGUGGGAAAUCCUUUAGACAGAUCUUUAAUCUCAUCAGACACAGGCGAGUCCACACUGGAGAAAUGCCUCACCAAUGUGGUAAUUGUGGGAAAGCCUUUAGCUGCAAAACUGAACUCACUCAACACGAGCGAAUUCACAGUGGAGAAAAGCCGUAUGAGUGUAGUGAUUGUGGAAAAUACUUCAGGCAGUUCCCCAACCUCAUUCGACACCGGAGAGUGCACACUGGUGACAGGCCUUAUAAGUGCAGUGAAUGUGAGAAAUCCUUCAGUCGCAAAUUCAUCUUCAUCCAGCACCAAAGAGUUCACACUGGAGAAAGGUCUCACAAAUGUGGGGAAUGUGACGCAUCCUUCACCCGAAAAUCUGACCUCUUCCAGCACCAGAGAAUCCACAGUGGCAUGCGACCUUAUGAGUGUGAAGAAUGUGGGAAGUCAUUCAGACAAUGUUCUAGCCUCAUCCAGCACCGGAGAGGUCAUACCGGAGAGAAGCCUUAUGAGUGUGUCGAAUGUGGGAAAGCCUUUAGUCAGAGUGCUAGCCUCAUUCAACACCAGAGACUGCACACUGGAGCAAAACCUUAUGAGUGUAGUGAAUGUGCGAAGUCCUUUAGCCAGAGUGCUAGCCUGAUUCAACACCAGAGAAGCCACAGUGGAGAAAAGCCUUAUGAAUGUAGUGAAUGUGGCAAACCUUUCACCCAUAAGUCUGACCUGAUUCAGCACCAAAGGGUUCAUACUGGAGAAAGACCUUAUGAGUGCUAUGACUGUGAGAAAUCCUUUAGCCAUAGAUCGAAUCUUGUCAGACACCAGCGAGUUCACACCUAAGAAGACUCUUUAUCAUGUACAAAUUGUGCUGCUAAGGUUGUUCUUUAUUGUGUCUAGGGGAGGCGUACACAGGUGGAAAGUGCAUAAAGAUUAAUGCCUGCCCCCGAUUGGACAGAGGUUGGAAGUGUGCAGCCUUGUGAGUUUUGCCUUUACAAGCAGCUGACUAAUAAUUUGUGGCCAUUCUCUGGGAAUCCCAGGUAUGGAUCUGGCCGGUGUACAUCAUCCUGACCAGUAUUUAAUACUUCUUUCAGAUUCGGCUCAAAAGUAGAAAAGUGCUGUUUAACAGGUGUAGUAACACUGGAGAAGACUCACAGCCCUCUCUGAGUUCAGAGAUUAUUUAUCUGGGCUUCGGAAGUGGAAGUUAUUUCAAAUAUGUGGGAAACUUUGAGAAGACUCAUUACAGUUUUUAGAUGCCCAGGGCCAUGUCCUGAUUUAUGUCAUUCGCAGUAUCUGUGAUAGAAACCCUGUCACUCUUACCACUUAGAAGAUUAUGAGUCUGAUUAUCUCUGCUAAGUGCUUAGAGGUACAGACCUCUCUGCUCUGCUCUGGCUUUAGCCUUGAAGACCCUUUUCCUUUUUAGGGCAGCAAUCUUAUUUAGAAAGUGUGGUCUGAGUGGUACUUUCAACUUUUCUAGGAACGAUCACCUUGUUCAGGACAGGUUUUGUUCUCACACUGUGCUCUGAUUAUUUCCAGGCUGGAACUCACCAACUUGUGAAAUACUUGCUGCACAUUACUCUGGCCUAACUUUUGGAAAGGGAGUUUGUUUAUGCUCCUUUGAUCUGGAAGGUUCUGUGCAUUCUGUGGCAUGACUUGUCAGGUGACCUGUGAUGUCAGCAUGAAGGGUGGACUAAUUCCAUAGAUAUCUCCACUUUGUUUUAGAAGGUGUGGUAGAGCUGCAGGAAGCAGCUGCGUGGAGUAUUAGUCUAAUUUUCAUGGCUGCUCCUGCCCUCACAGGAAAGACUGCUGGGUUUUGUGUUCCUGACUUACUGGAGGUCCUAUGAUUUUGGGGAGGCAAGAAGUCUUCAUGAAGAGGAGUGUUAUGACAACCCCAGGUAUUCCCGCGCCGCCUGAACAAUUGGAUUCACUUUCCACCGGGAUGUCACAUAAUUCCUAGCGUUGUUGAAGGUAAUCUCUUCAGCAAGGUUUGCAAUGGAGCCAUUUGCUAUGUGUGAAGCAGUGCACAGGGUAGUGAUUGGGACAGGGACUGAGUUAAUGGAUAUGAAAAUAAUCCUGCAUUUCUUUAUUGUGCGUAUGUGUGGCUUGGCGUACACGGACUGUGGUUCACGUGUGGCGGUCAGAAGACAGCUUUUGGAGCUGAUUCUAGUCUACCAUGUGGGCUCCGUGAUUGGAUCGAGGUCAUCAGGCUCUUGGCAAAUGUUUUAACCUGCUGAGCUGUCUCUCUGACCCUGGAACGUGCUUCUGUUAAAACUUCACCCAUAGAUGUUCCAGUGAUUUUGUGUGAGUUGACAAAUACACAAGAUCUUUAUAGCUAUUUCCUGUGGCUGUGAGCUUUUGUCAGAGAAAACACUGAGAUGAUUUUUGUGGAUUCCUCUGACCCUCUGGCUCUGGCAUUGGCAGAACCGUACAGUCAGAAAAACAAGGGGAGGAAGGUGAUUCUGUGAGGUGGGGUAUAAUUCUGACUUGUCAUUUGAAGGGCAGUAACUUUUAUUACUUACCAAGAUUGUCUGUCAGUAGAGCUGUGACUCUCAGAUUCUCAGAAGACAGAUGACAGAAUCCACACCAGGUUGUGAAAAGUUUUGAGAACAGCAGGAUAUCUAGGUAUACUGUUUUGUGCUACUUUUUACAGCAUUAUUUAUGUAUCAUCUGGAUGAUUGAUACUUCAAGGGCAUAGCAUGGCACUGUGGCAUAUGCCUACAGUUCCAAUUUCUAGAAAAGGCUGAGGAAUGAGGAGUCCAUGAGCCCAGAAGUUUGUAGCUCAGUGGGGGCAACAUAGCAUGACUCUAUCUAAAAACAACAGGUCAAUUUGUUAAAGUCUUGAAAUCAUUACAGUUAUGAAAAUGAAUUUGCCUCUCAUCUGUAUAUUUACAACAUGCCCCUUUAUAUUUUCUACCUCUCCUGGAAACCAGUGAUUUUUGUUUUUAAUUUAAACUUUAUUUUUAGAUGUAUGGGUAUUUUCUCUGCAUGAAUAUACAUGUACCUAGUGCUUGGGGAGGCCAGAAGAGGGAGAAGAAUCUCCUGGCACUGGAGUUACAGAUAGCUGUGGGCAACCAUGUGGGUACUGGGAACUGAGUCCAUGUUUCUAGUGGUCUUAACUGCUAAGCCAUCUCUUUAGACCCUGCUUUGUCUUAAACAACAGAUUAGUUUACAUCAUUUAGAAUUUUAAAUUAUUGCCAUCGAAACAUAUAUGCAUAUAUAUAUAUAUAUAUAUAUAUGUUGUAUAAUUAUUUGAAGAUUCAACAGUGAUGCUCAUAUAAAAAGUUGUUACUGUUGCUGAAUAGUGUUUUGUAUGUAUCAACUACUGCUUGUUUAUCUAUUAAUUUAUUUAGAAUUUUUUGUAGACUUUUCAUAUGACAACUAAAGCUGCUGUGAAUAUGUCAGAGUCUUUAUAUAGCUAUGCAUUUUAAGCACCUUGUGUUAAUGACCCAAAUUGUAAUACAGGAGUUACAGGUGAACAUUUUAAGGACAGUUUAGGCAAUGCCAGCUGUGAUGCUUGCCCCGUCUUGCAUUCUUACCAGCAGAACAUAAAAGUGGCUGUUCCUCUCCACUCUGGCGUAUUCAUCAUGUAAGAUAUCACCCCACUUGGUGAGUCUACUGUGGCAUUUCACUGUGUGUUUAAUUGUAUUUCCUUAAGAAUUCAAAAUAAAACACUUUUUUUCAUGUGCUUAAUUGCUGCUUAUAUAUCUUUAAAAAAUGACUAUUCAUGUAUUUUCUUAUUUUCCUUCAGUGAAAUUAUUAUUAUUAUUAUUAUUCAUUAUGUUAAGACCAUGUCUCUCUAUGUAGUCCUGGCUAUUCUGGAGUGUGCUAUGUAUACUGGGUUGGACUAGAACUCUCAGAGAUUCUCCUGCCUCUGCCUCCGUUUCCCAAGUGCUGAAAUUAAAGCCUCGUGACACCAAGCCAAGCCCAGAUCCAGAUAGGACAGUGUAACACAACAAAGAUACACAGGAUUUUGCUCAUGGUUUAGCAUUACGAAUGGUAUUUUGUCAUGUAGAACAAUUGCUUUUGAAUACUGGAAAAAAUUUUCUUUAAAGUUUUUGUUAUAUGUACAGUGAAAUGCCUAUGUUGACCGUAGAUAAGUUUAACAUACAUUUUAAACAGGCCACCCAUCGGUUUCUUAAGUUAAAACUAUAUAAAGCUCAGGUUUGUGGCCUCUCCCAGUUUCCUUCUGUCAGUUCUGCUGAGAUGUCCAUGCAGUCUGGGAGAGUAUGAAGUAACAACUUUUUAUGACUUCUGUUUCCAGCAUAUUGACUGAAUUGCUGCAGAUGGCCCCAAGAUACAGGUAUUAAUUAAACAUAGUGAUUAGGAGUGGUAGAUAUUAAAACAAUUGUGAUAUAAUUUAUUAGACCUUUGUACCUUUAAAACAUUUUUUGUUGUCUUUACAUGUCUAUAUCCCCAAAGCAAGUGUCCUUCCUGCUUUUUUUAAUAUAGGUUUUUCAGUGCAUCCAAUUACUGAUAAAAUGACUAUUUCUUUAAAAAUAAUUAAAAAUUGGUUAACUCCUUACUUGUAUAUAGUGCAGUAUGGACUCAUCCUCCCAGCUGUCGUCGCGCCUUCUCAUUCUCCUCCUCUUGAUGAUCUCCUUCAUCCCAGCUAGUCAUCCUCCUGAUGGUAUAUGUGGCAUGCGUGUGUGUGUGUGUGUGUGUGUGUGUGUGUGUGUGAUCUCCUUCCUCCUAGCUAGUCAUCCUCCUGAUGGUAUAUGUGGUAUGCGUGUGUGUGUGUGUGUGUGUGUGUGAUCUCCUUCCUCCCAGCUAGUCAUCCUCCAGAUUGUAUAUGUGGCAUGCGUGUGUGUGUGUGUGUGUGUGUGUGUGUGAGAGAGAGAGAGAGAGAGAGAGAGAGAGAGAGAGAGAGAGAGAGAUCUCCUUCUUCCCAUCUAGUCAUCCUCCUGAUUUGGAGACCAUAUGUGGCAUGCACAUGUGUGUGUGCGUGUGUGUCUGUGUGUGUGUGUGUGUAAGAUCUCCUUCCCAUCUAGUCAUCCUCCUGAUUUGGAGUGUAUAUGUGGCAUGCACAUGUGUGUGUGUGUGUGUGUGUGGGUGGGUGGGUGUGCGCGCGCGCGCGCAUGUGUGCCUGUGUUCAUGUAUUCAGAGGCCACAGCAGGAAGUUGAGUGUCCUCUGGCAUUCUCCUUAGUCUUUGAGACAAGAUCUCUUAUUGUAUAUAAUGUCUUGAUUGUAUUUGCUUACCACUCCCCUUAAUUCUUCCCAAAUUUUCCCUCUACCUUUCUACCCUUUCCCAAUUUCCAUUUUCCCACUUUUCUCUCACUAUCUUUGCCUGUCUGUCUCCCAUAAGCCCCUGUCCAAUUAGUUUCCCAUAUGUGCAUGGAUGUGGGGCCACCCACAGGAGUAUGAGCAACUUAUCAUGGUCCAUAUUAAAGAAAAUGAACUCUUCCUUAUCCAUUAACUAUCGAUAGCUCCUCAGCUAGAAGCUUAUGAACCCUUCUGUUCUUCCUUUUGGAAGGUCUACUGGCUUGGUUCCCCUGUAUGCAGGCCUUGGGAAGACAACAUUAGCUUUGGUGUUCAAGAGUGGAACAGCCCUGUCAUGUAUAGAAGACACUGAAAACUUCUGAGCUCACGGGGAUGGCAAGAGGGCUUAGCAGUUAGAAGUGCUUGCUGCUGUUGUAGAACACUGGGGCUUGGCUCCUGACACCACUGUCAGACAGCUGAAGGGGGAAAAGGAAAAUUAGCAAGGGUCACCUUCCCCCAUGCCAUCUGCAUCGGCGCAGACUUCUAACUUCACUCAUUUUGUUCUUGUUCCUCUUGUUGUUGGACUUUUGCGCCUCCUGCAUAAAUCCCUAUAAUAUUUGGCCUAGUCCAGGGAUCAGAAAGUUUUCUUCCCACCUCCUCGUAAUUGCUUCCUUGGAUUUGGUCAUGUAAUUUGUACAUGUUUCUACUGACAUCUAAUUAGGGCAACAAUGUUUAAAAGUUUUUUUUUAGCCCCUUGCUGUCAUAGACCUAGAGUAGCCAUGAAAAUCUCUGGUCCAGCGAGGAGGAAUCCAGAGAAUAAUAAAGCUAUAAAUUAGGAAGUAGAGUCUCACCACCACCACAGGACAGAUUAAACUCACAGCUCUGUUCAUCUUCACGGCAUCACAGGACAUAUAGGUGGGUGACCCUUGCUAAUUUUCCUUUUUUCCCCUUCAUCUAUUGUUUUUCCUUUUUUGUGCUUUUCUUCUCUCUCUUAAAGAGAUUACCUUAUUUUUAAUCAUGUGUUUGUUGGUGGACCUGUGCUGUAUGAGUGCACAAGCCUGCGGGGUCCAGAACAAGAUAUUGAAUACCUGGAGGUAGAGUCACAGAUGGCUGUGACUCACCUAAUGUGGGUACUGGAACUGAACUCAGUUCCUCUGCAAGAGCAGUACGCACUCUUAACUGCUGGGGAACCAAAAUGGGACGUCAGCCCCUCUUUUCUCUUUUUACUUAAACAUCACUGGACUGAAAGUUAUGUGAAUUGAGAUGAAUAUUUAUAUGCCAACUUCUCAGCAUAACUUCACUCACUAAAAUUGACAAAAUAUUGUCGAGAUUUCCAGCCUCUGUAUGAGGAACGGACUGGAUCUGAGGAGACCCACCCAUGCAGAGGUAGAUGGAGCAUACAUGAUGAAUUUGCUUCUUCUUUACUGUGAACUGUACAUGAAACUGACCGGAAUGGCUUGUGCCUGGUGUCCUGGCCCUGUAAACCCCAGCUGAUUUACUUCAGCUAGGAUGGCCAGACGGUGAGCUUCAGGCGUCCAGCAUCCCUGUGUCCCAUUAACCCUGGCCUUGCAGACUUGUACCACAAUGCCCAGCUUUUAUGUAGGCGCUGGGGGUCUUAAUUCAAGUUCUCGUGGUCUGUGCCAGGCACCUUACUGGCAGAGCUAUCUCUCCUGCUGUUUUACUUAUCACAUUAACACGUUAUGCAGUUUUUCCCCUCAUCUGUUGUACCUAUAAUUUAAAAAAAAUGUCUUCUCAUUUUGUCCCAGAGUCCCAUCUCUCUCAAAUUUGCUAUUUUUCUUAUGAAGUCUAACUGCCCUACUUUGUCUUAAAGACUUGAUAUUUUGUUUUCCACUUGAUCCAUUCUAUUUAUAAGGCUUUCCUCUGAGUUUUCAAAUCAGGAGAUAGAAUUUUUCAACUCCACAUCCAUUUCAGAUUGAGCUCUCUACUGUGGUUUUAUUCCUUUAUUGAAUUUGGCUUCUAAAUACUGGGUUGUAUUUAUCAUUUUAUUUCACUUAAUGUUUGUGUUUUUUCAUGUUUAUUCUCUUUAUGUUUUUUGAACUGUUUCUUUGUGUCUUCUUUAAAUCUCUGAAUUGUUUAAUAAAGUUUAUGAUUAUCCUUUUAAAAAUCUGUAGAAUAAAGUAGGUCAGUGGUUCUCUGCCUUUCUAAUCCUGCACCUCAUUGAUACAGUUCCUCACGUCAUAGUGACCUGCAACCAUGAAAUUAUUCUCAUUGUUACUUCAUAAUUGUAACUUUGCUUCUUUUUUCAAUCACAAUGUAUCUGUGUUUUCUGAUGGUCUUAGGCAACCCUGUGAAAGAGUCAUGUGAGCCCCAGGGAUUCAUGAACUGAACUAGGUGAUUCUCAUUGGAGAACAUUUUGAUAGGACUUGUAGAUAUUGAAGGAGACAUCCUGUUUUGUUCUUCAAAAUGUUUGUGUUUUUUUUCAGUGAGACCUGAUCAUGUGAAGUUUUUGUUGUUGGCUGUGUGUCUAAUGAGGACACAUUAAACUAGGCUGCCUAGAGUCUGUGCCUCUUGUCCUACGACUGGAAUCUGGGAAGGAACUCACCAGAAUGGUCUAUCGGAUUGGGUGUGGGACUCAGGCUUGUCUGAGAGUUGGGAUGAGUGCUAGAUGCUUAGGGAUGAGACUGACUCAAGAGGCUGGGCAGAAGCACAGGUGUGGUUUCCAGGUUGGACCUGGAAAAUGACUAGAGCUUGGGAGAAGGGGAUACAGUCUUGCAGGGGAGGAGGGAAUUAAACAGAAGAUAAGUUAGUGAUACGAUGACUGAUGUAGUACAGAUUGGCCUAGAGCUCACUAUGUAGGUGAGAGUCACCGUGAACAUCAGAAGUACCUGAUUCUACUUCCCAAUGCCUGGGAUUACAGGUAUGUUCCAAUACACUCAGCCUGUGUUGAUCUUCACUCAAGUUCCAUGCUUAUGUGUGUGCUAUGCAAGCAUUUGACCAACAUAUCAUCACUACUUAAAAAAAUUCUUCCAUUAAUUCCAAUUUUGAUUUACUCAGAUGAAUCAUGCAGCAAUUUUGUCUAACUAGCUUUGUUCUUACUAUCAAAGCUAUUUUAAAUUUCUAUAUCAUUGGAUACGUGAUAGUAUCUUUACUCACCCCUACACCUCAUGUUUAUCUUUUCAAACAUCAUGUGAAAACACCGUCUCCUUACAUGAUCCAGCUCAGGGCACAGACUCUGCACUGACCUUUUUAUGGAAGCCUUGGAUCAUUUUGGUGAAUGAUCUGGAGCUAGAAUUGGAUUGAAGCUAGACCUGCAACAUGGGUAUGACAUUUGGUUUGAUCUUUGAUCUCAGUGUUUGACCCACAGGAAAAUCCACGAAUUAAGUACAACCAGAAAUAUGCUUCUUGUGCCUGGAGUAAGGGGCGUUCAAGAUUUCUUGGUGUCAUUUCUAUGGAACUUUCAUGACUGGAUUGCACAGUGUGAGUCUUGUGCCAAUAAGAACUGGUAACUUCUUAUAGAGGUGCCUGGAAGCAGACAUAAUAAUGGUUUUGCACAGUUGUGGUUUUGGUAACUAUUGUGGUCUUGUUUCUGAUGAAUGGAGAUUGAGUUUGUUCAUAUUCCCUGGAAAACAAUUACAUCAUUAUGUUAGAAGAAAUGAGAUGACAAUGAUAAUUCUUUGAUUUUAGAGAAGACUAUGAAAUAAACACAGCAAUCCCCAAUGACUGAAAUAAACUUGAGAAAGCAAAUUUGAAUAAUGGUGAGAAAUGUUAAAACCCAUAUUAUUUAGAUGUCUCUAUUAUUAAAUAUCAUGACAUGUACAUUACCCUAUUGUCAAAAUCACCAUAACUGUUCAUAUGAAUAAA